UUGUAGUCGGUCGCGACGCAGCUCCGUCCACGGGAGACCGCACCGGGAACCCCAGAGGCGCCGAUCCCGUUACACAGCAUGAGACAUCCAUUCGGGAUUUCUGCACAUAGAGCAAUAUUGUUCCGUCCAUUCCACUCCCAGCUAGCCAGAGAUGACCAGUCAGACGUGCUUCAACACGCCUUCAGCUAUGGCUGGAGGCGCUCGGUCCCGGAUGCCAUGGCUGGCUGAGCAGGCACCGGAAGGAGACUUUGAUGAGCAGCAAAGACGAUUGAGGAAGAUGAUCGAAGUCCUCUUGAGGAGGUUGGACGCCCGCCGGAAAAGCAUAUAAGGGAGCAGACUCCCACGACCAGGAGACUCCCUUCGUCCAUCAACCGACCAGCCCUCAGCAGUCAGCACAGUCAGUCAGCACAUCUUUCGUUGCAACUCUAGCCAUCUACUAUCACAUACACAGCCCCAUCCAUCAUGAACACCCUCGCCCUGAUCAGCCUGCUCCUGCAGGCCGUUCCCCUCCAGGCCAAGGUGUACGAAAAGAACAUCCUUGUCUGGGACGUGAGCCCGGACGCGAAGAUCACCGGCAACGAGAUCCGGUACAACGAUCCGGACUGCAGGCCGGGCAUGCGCUGCACCCGGAUCGAGGUCUGCGAUGCUCCCGGCACCCAUCCCACGCUCAGCGCCGACAAGAAGCACUUCGCCUGCUGCUACGACGGACAGCGCCUGCUUGGCAGCCCUGAGACGGCGUUUGACUGCUGCGCCGACGGCCAUGACCUGGCGGGCUCGCCCCAGACGGGCUACCACUGCUGCCCAACCGGGUUCGAGUUCAACGGGCAGCUGUGCAGGCCGGUGCCCGCGUGCAAGAACGGGAAGGUGCUGGUGAACGGCCAGUGCGCCUGUCCCGAGGGCACUGUUGAGGCCGCCGACGGGAGCUGCCAGACCCGGCAGCCGAGGGCCCAGUGCGAGUCCGGCCUGGAGUCCGGAAAAUGCUACACCUUCACCGCCGAGAACGGCAACCGGCUCGGCCUGCGCAACGACGGCGUGUACUACGCCGCGCCGGACAGCAUGGUGCAGCGCUACGGCAAGUUCCAGCUCUGCCUCGACGAGAAGUGCACGCCGGGCCAGGCGGUCGACCCGUCCGACAAGACGUACAUCAAGGACCUCUACGGCGACGUCGCGACGGGCGCCAACGCCGGGCAGUGGCUCAACAACGCCCAGAACGGGGCGCACAUCGGCCGCACCUCGACCUUUGCCAACGCCGGCCAGUUCGUGCUGAGCAAGUGGCCCUGCGGCAAGUACUGCCUGGGCGGCUUCACGCAGGGCGUCGGCCCCGCCUGCCCGGCCGAGAUCCCCGCCAUGACCUUCUACUCGGAGGACCCCCAGAUGUGCACGCCCUUCGACCUGACCGAGGUGCCGUGCGACAUCCGCGCCGACGCGAACAACUGCAUCUGGAAGAACGGGGACCAGUGCUGCAACAAGGUCGACUGCACGUGGAAGCACUAACUACUAGUAGCUGUCUGUUGAUGUCUGAUGGUUUCUGGCUUUUGAGGCGACUCGGAGGCUACAGACUUCAGAGUGAUGAGGCGACGGAUCGUGUCUAGUCAUAGUGGUUUGUAGUGUACUAUCAUGCGUUGAAUUUACUAGUUGCUGUACGUAACUGCAACUUUCCAUCAGGGCUCAUAUGUGGCAUGUAACUUGGGAUGAACCAACGCGAAUUUGAA